GAAAAUCUAAGAGAGCUAGCAUUAGCUACCUAGUGCUAGUAGCCAAGCAUUGCAUCGCAUCGGUAUGGCCUCAGCAGCGCGCAUGAGUGCGCCGGCGCUAAUGGUGACCUUGGCCGUGCUGGCAUUAGUCGCCGGCGGCCGUGCGCAGCUGCAGUACGGUUUCUACAAGGGCAAGUGCAACGCUAGCGAUGUGGAGGCGGUGGUGCAGAGCCUCGUCAAGGCCCGCUUCGCCCGCGAGGCCGCGAUCGUCGCCUACCUCCUCCGUCUGCAAUUCCACGAGUGCGCCGUCAACGGGUGCGACGGCAGUCUGCUGAUCGACGGACCCGGCACGGAGAAGACGGCGCCGCCGAAUCUGAGCGUUAAGGGCUACGACCUCAUCGCGACCAUCAAGGCGGAGCUGGAAAAGAAGUGCCCCGGCGUGGUUUCGUGCUCCGACAUCGAGAUCCUCGCCACCAGGGACGCGGUCGCUCUUGCCGGCGGGCCGCCGUACGCGGUGCGCACGGGGCGCAGGGACCGCCGCCAGUCCCGGGCCUACGACGUCAAGCUCCCGGGGGCCGACUACACGGCGGCGCAGGCCGUCGCGUACUACACCAGGCUGGGGAUGAACGCGUACGACACGGUGGUGCUGCUGGGCGCACACACCGUUGGCGCCACGCACUGCAGCGCCAUCAAGAACAGCCGGCUGUACGGGUACGGCGGCAAGCCCGGCGCGACGGACCCCGGCAUGGACCCCGCCACCGCGUCAGUGUACAAGAGGUACGUGUGCCCGAACGUCUCGUCAUCGGACGGGAACACCGUGUUCCUUGACGACCAGUGGAGCGCGGUCAAGGUGGACAACCACUACUACAGAAACCUGCAGCUCCGCCGCGGCGUCCUCUCCGUUGACCAGAAUCUCUACAACGACGGGUCCACACGUUGGAUCGUCGACCAGCUCGCCAGCAAUGCUGGGCUCUUCCAGUCGCAGUUCGCCAGGGUUCUGGUAAAGCUCAGCGAGGUCAACGUGCUCACCGGCACUCAGGGAGAGAUCCGCAAGGUCUGCAGCAAGUUUAACUGACAAACCGAUCGUCCGGUUCUCCUCCGCUAUUUAUCCGUUGACGAAACUUCCCUCUUGGUUUGGUGAUCCCAAAUGUUGUCGCCUUCUUCUUAUUUCUUUCUGGUUUGAUCCAUGCAAGUGGCUUGGUUUUGAUCAGAUGAUUGAUUCGUUUCAUUUGAACUCUACAGUUUUUUGUUAUAAGUAGUAAUAACAUAUCUGAUCAUGUGUAUUUGAUUAUACGAAAUGCUGUAUUCUUCUUAUUUCUUUUGAUUUGAUCAAAGUUUGUUGAUCUUGAUCUGAUGCUCGAUUCAGUUUAUUUUAAAUCUACAGUUUUUGUAA